CACACACAAGCACAUACUCACACAGACACCCACCCUGCUGUGCCUGCAGCUGGUUAAACCCUGCUGUUAGGCCUCUUCCUGUGAGGAGCUAAGCUCAGCUCAGUCAUGAAGCGGCAGUUGGAGCUAGCGGCAUUGGGCCUGGGCAUUACAGGCUGGCUGUGCGCCAUCCUCACCCGCUGCCUGCCCCUGUGGAAAGUCAGCGGCACUCUGGACAACUCCACAGCCACGCUGCCAGCAUACUGGGAUGGGGUGUGGCUGGAAUGGGACCACUGGGACCUCAACCAUGACGGUAGCCUCCACUGCUCCUUCUACCAGUCUUUGUUAUCCCUCUCUGGAAACUUCCAAACAUGGAGAAGCUUGAUCAUGGCUUCUAUAGGUGCUGGAGCUUUUGCUGUGGUCAUCAGUAUCAUUGGAGAGGUGUGGUUUCCGAAGAGGAAUCAGGUGAAAGUUGUCUCCGGUGUGGUGUUUGUGCUGUCUGGAAUACUGCUGCUUGUCCCUGUCGCUUGGACCUGCCACCACACUAAUGAGCCACUGGAGGGCGCUGUGGUGCUGAGGAGAGACUGGGGAGCUGCUCUGUAUAUAGGAUGGAUCUCCUUCUCUCUGACGGUAGUAGGGGGAGGGUUUCUCAGUACUAGAUGCCUCAUGUUCCAGCAGCAGGAUGAGUCAGAAAGAGGGAGUUACCCUCCAGGUUAUCCUGUGGCAGAGCAGGAGCCAACCAACCCCCUGGAUACUAUCCACAGGACUGCUUUUAGACACAGCCAGUAUGCUCGGGCAACAACACGGCCUUCAUGAGAAGAUGCGAUCACUCCGAGGGCCUUGAGUGAGGAACCUUCCACCUAUGAAUUAUUAUUCUGUGAAAUUCUACCUAAAUUGCAUGUGUACUAGGUAUGAAUGGAUUUCUAGGUACUAAUAGACAAUGUUAGAAGUCAUUCUUCUACUGCAAUGAAGCACUUUGAAAGAUGUUGAAGAAUUUAUAAUAGGGGUAAAGGAGUAGCACUACCCAUGGAGAGUUAAUUGCGCUUUCAACUGUAAUAAUUGGGUCUGAAAUGUUGUCAACUUGCUUAAUUUUUGUAUUGGUGGUGAGGGUUAAGCAUCUAAGUGUUACAUUGCCUUCAGAAAGUAUUCACACCCCUUGACUUUUUCCACAAUUUGUUGUGUUACAGCCUGAAUUAAACAAUUAUUACAUUUAGAUUUUGUGUCACUGGCCUACACACAAUGCCCCAUAUGUCAAAGUGGAAUUCUGUUUUUUAUAAAUAGACAAGAAAUGAAAAGCUGAAACAUUUUGAGUCAAUACGUAUUCAACCUGUGUUACGGCAAGCCUAAAUAUGUUCAGAAGUACACAUUUGGUUAACAAGUCACAUGAGCUGCAUGGACUAGUGUUUAACAUGAUUUUUGAAUAACCACCUCAUCUCUGUACCCCACACAUCUCUGCACCAAUUAUUUGUAAGGGCCCUCAGUCGAGCAGUGAAUUUCAAACACAGAUUCAACCACCAAGACAAGGGAGGUUUUCCAAUGCCUAGCAAUGAGGGGCACCUAUUGGUAAAUGGGUCAAAAAUAAAGCAGACACUGUAUAUCUC